AGAGAGAGAGAGAGAGAGAGAGAGAGAGAGAGAGGAGGAGAAGGGGUUAAAGGGAGGAACAUUGAACAAGCAAAGCAGACAGCCUGCCUCAGAUUUUUCCUCUUUUCUCUCUCUCUUUCUCUCUCCUUCUCUCUCUAUCAUACUAUUCCCCAAGCUUUUUUAGCUUCACAGAUGGCAGGAAGUGCUUUCCUCUAUCGGACAAACAUCAAGUUCUUUUUUGCCCUCUUGAUACCUCCAUCUGUGAAGCUUUCUGUCUUGCCCAUGAUCUUUCUCUAGUCUUCCUUCCUUCAUUCAGCAUGGUGAACAGAUAAUUACCUGUCUGAGGGACACCAUGGGCGCCUGCCUUUGCAAAGGUCAUCAAGAGAUUCAAAGUAGCCAGCAGCAUCCCAUGGGAGAGCUCCAGUCUUGGACAGAAGGACAGCCCAUUGCCAAGGGGAAUCAUCAGCCAUAUAAUGGCUCAGUGACAGAUAAGAAGAACGGUAAUGGCUAUAACAUUGGGGAGCUGGCUACAUCUUCUUUGAUUGGUCUGGUUGCUACUAUAAAGGAGCACAUAACCAAGCCAACGGCGAUGGCGCAGGGACGGGUGGCCCACCUGAUCGAGUGGAAAGGUUGGGGUGGGGAGACAGGGACUGGUGGAGGCUGGUGUGGCUGGAGUAGAGAUGGAGGAGGCUGGGGAGGAGCAGGGGCCACGCUGCAGGAGGAUGAACAACUCUAUUCCCAUCUGACUGAUGAGAUCAAGGAGGCACGCUUUGCUGCAGGGGUAGCUGAGCAGUUUGCCCUGGCUGAAGCAUCAAUGAAUGCAUGGCCUUCACCUGAGGUAACAGACCGAGCUACAAGCACAGUCCAAUUACAAGGCCACGAGGGCUUGUAUCUCUCUCAGUUUCUCAUGGAUGGAGGAAGCUUGGGUGUCCCACACCACCUGUACAGCAUACACAUGGAAGCCAAUGCUGAAACCAGCUCUCUGAAUACUACACAGCCUCCCCAGCCCUUCUUCUGUAGCUCUGUAUCUCAGCCGGAAUCACAGCACUACCUUCAGGAGCAGAGGACUUUGCCUGUCGACGGCCCUGUACGACACGCAGACAGCAGCUCUGAGGAUGAGGUCUUUAUUGACUGAAAAACUGAAUGCCAGUCCACGCAGGAUAUGUGAUUCUGAAAAAGCUGGAAUAAAGUGGGUAUAUGUCUUACCUCAUAUGACCUAGUCAAGGUUUAUGGUGGUAUGAGCUGUAAAAUUGUUUGUCUGUGUGGCAGCACCAGUGUUGAUCUACCUCUGAAGAGGUCAUUGCCUUACCCAGAAGAUGUACAUAGACCAUAUAAGUCUCCUUGCCAUAUUUUCAAGUGAUAUUUUUGAUGAGAUAUAAUGAUGUUGUCUUUUACCAGGAUAAAAUGCUAUAAACUGUAAAGACAGAUGUUUUAAAGGAACCGAAUCACCUCAUUGGCAAAAAAAAAAAAAAAAAUGUCCUCAAAACCCACUAAUGCGUUUGAAAUUUGCAGUGGUUGAGACAGAAGGGUCUAUGAUUUGCUCUCAUUUUGAAAGCAGCACCUGUAAAUACCUGCUUAAAAAGCCCUUUCAGAUGAAUUUCCAUCUCAUCUAAAAGCAGAAAUCUGCCAGGGCUUUGCAGAUGGAUAUAAUGUGAACAUAAAAAGACUUGUUCUCUUUAAGCCAGGCUUCAUUCAGACUCUAAGAAACACAGUAAAGCACAGCUCACAGAGAGUAAGGCACAAAAAGGCUUGAAAGGAUGAAUACUGUUUAUGCCUUGUUGCAGAGAUGAAACCCAGGACUUUAAAGCUUUUGUAGAACUCCAUGACUUAUGUCUUUUUCUUCUCCCCCAAAAAAGCUUAUCUGUGGAAAGCCUUGUUCACAUAUAGUCAAAGAUUAUAGGACAAAGGUUUCUUUGUGUAAGUUCUGACUUAUUUUUUGAAAAGACAGAAAAACUCUUCUCAGUUAUCUAAAAAAAACAUAAGAGCUGCAUUCUGAGGUGAAAUGUGUUCUGUCAAAGCAUAGACCUGGAAUAACAAUGUUCCACUUCCCCUUGUUGACUAAUUGUUAUUCACUCAACCGAUUAAAGCUGUAGAGAAAAAGUAAGAAAGUGACGGAGGGGUGUAGAAUGAUGGUGAGAAAAAAAGUGAGCAAUAUACACAGAAAGAGCAAAAGAGACAGGAAACAGGUGGGAGUGAGAAAGGAAGGGGUGUGCAUGUGAGAAAACAGAGAUAGAGAGAGAGAGAGACAGAGAGAGAGAUAGUUGGCAAAAUAAACAGAUAGAGGUGACAGAAUAACAACGUUUUAGUGUUAUCUUUUUCCACUGCCUUUUAAUAGAAGUUUAUGUAGCGUAAACCGAUGCAUUGUGUUGUGGCGGCUUCUUUUGUGCUGUGGGAAGGUUUCUGAAUAGGUUUUAAUUGAGCUGCAGACCGCAAGGUGUCGACCUUAAUUGAAAUCGUGAUCGCAAAAAGACUCUCAUUUAAACAUAUUUUAGGAAACAAAGCCCAGAGAUAUAAUGAAUGAAUAAUAAGACAGUUGAACUAUAAGAAAUUAUAUGCAAGAAAGAUGGUGUAAGGUCAGACAGGAAAGAUAUCAGUAUUUUACAUUGUUAUAUGUUGUAUGCAGAUUCAAUCAUUUUAACAGUCCUCAUGAAAAAAAGUCCCACAAUAUUCGUCUGGUAUUCACUACUUUUGAUUACGAGCUCACGAGCUAUGACACAAUGUGGUUAUUAAUGUGACAAAGCAAAUGAAACUUGACGCUGCUGUCAAAGCUAAGUGUUAUGCUAGCCAUAUGGUGUCUCUUUUAGUAACUUACACAGUUCUAUGGGAAUUAGUGCUAUUUUAAUGUUUUUUUUUCUUGUUUCUGGUUUGGUCUGCCAUUUAAGAAAUCUAACAGCUAUGUUAGCUAGCUAAGUCACCUCAGUCAUUAUAUACUGUAGAUUCACUCAGCUCAGAUUCAGCAUCCAUUUUUCCACACUGCCCAAUAAAUAACUUCAAUCUGGGUUGUGUUCAUGGUGUUUAUGAGAAGACGAACAACACACUGUCGUGUUCAUCAAGUGAAAAUCAAAGAAAAAGAAAUUAAUUUACAGAUUUGUGAAUAUUAAAUAUUGACACAUCUGAACUAUACACCUAAGAAAAACAUAUGACAGUUUAAUCUUGUGUCCACUGUACAAGCUUUGCACAAAAAAAGCUAGCUGAACACCUUGCCUAACCAUGAUUUUUGGCUAGCUUAUUUUUGCUGUUAACAUUUCUCAGGUUUCUGUGGAAGCUUGUUUCCACCUCAUUUUAAAAAAUAAUAAAAGAUAAUUGCAACUUUAUAUCUCAGAAUUCUGACUUUAUAUCUCAGAAUUGCGACUUUAAAUUCUGACUUUAUUCUUUGCAAGUUCUUCUCCGGACUCCGGAAAGAACGUUACAGAGGAAUCGGUUGUAGCAUAGACUCAACAAACCAGAUGAUGCAGAAGGGGCAUAUUUUAUACACCAAUAACUUCAGGCAUCAGAACGUCAACACGAUUAUCGGUGAAUAAAAUUCUGACUUUAUUCCUUAGCAAUUCUGAGAUAGAAAGCCACAAUUAUCUUUUAUUACUUUUUAAAACAAGGUGGAAACAAGCUUCCUUAUGGUUUCUAUCAGGAGUUGUUACAUUUAACGGAGUUAUGUCCACUCAGAGAAGAUUUUUGUAUAUUGAUGGCAAAAUUGGGUGGUGUUUAUCAGUUGUAAUGCUAUUUCUAAGUAAGCUCUUCUUAGUGACUGAAGUACUUUGAGGUUUGUUUAGGACAUAUUUAUUUUUAUUUUCUAGUAACUGAAUUGUUUUGUCAUGAUAAAAACAUAAGUGUUAGUUAAAGUCUUUAGUCAUUACCUACAGAGCAUAAGCCUGGUGUCCCUGUUUCAUAUAUAUUAAUAUUAGUAAUUUACAUCCUUCUGUCAUUAAUGAACAUAAACUACUAGUGGCAUUAAGCUGGGGAGCAAACAACUGACUAUAGUCAGCAGUGGAAUAAAUAUUCUAAAGUGUAUAGAGCUAUAAAAAAAAAUCAAAAUCAAAUAUUGUGAACAUCCAUUAAUUAUUAUGCAAAACAGGCAUCAUCCCAAUUAGCAAAUUUGCGUAUGUUUUGCUACAGUUGGACUAGGUGUGUGUGCAUACUCUGGGAGUAAUCUAACAACUUGAACCAGUGAGCAUAUAAUGCUUUCUCUGUUCAACAUUAAAAGCACAAUGCUGACAUGCCUUGUUUUUGUCUGAAAACACAAGGUCAAUGUUAACCUAUGGUCUUUGUAUUGUGUUCUUUGUGAACAUUUUGCCUAAGUUCAAUCUUCAUUUUAGCGUCCGUUGAAGGGCACACUCAUUCAGCUAUUAACAAAAUCAGUGUUUGUUAGGUUAGCCAGGAGUGCUCAUCCUAUAAGAGUGAUAGGUCUUAUGGUGCUCAGUGUCUGCUUCAUUUAAUUACACCUCCCUCAUCUCCUCCAUUAGAAAUGGGUACACGUGGCUGAUUUUAAUAAAUCUUUAUCACUUGGCCUGCCCUCAGGCCUAUAAACAGAACACAGGAGUGAGACUCCUUAGUCAUGGCACCAAAUAAAGAGCUCCUACUGUCUCAUUCCGGGAAGCGGUCUGUUGGCCAACAGCAAUCUCCACAGAUAAGCUUAUUUGCAUAUGGGUAAUUAGAGCUAUACAUGAACAUGAUCGUCACAGAAAAUCAGUGCUUGAUGGAAUAUUUGAGGUUGUGAUAAGCGGAAAUGAUUUAAUGAGUUAUGAAGUGUUAGCAUAUGAUGACAGAGUAGUGCUCAUUUAUCCGCCUGGACAUCAGAUUUCCUUGGCCAGGUCUUCAAUCAUGUUCUUCAUCUAAAAUAACAAUAUGUAACAAACAUUACUUUACAUUACAUUACUCACAGACUUGGGUUCUUAAUCAGCUGUGUUUUUGUUUGUGUUGUCAAGUGUGGUUAGUUUAAUUAGGUACUGUUUGUUCAUGAUGAUGCCUAUUUGUUUGUGUUUGUGUGUGUGUGUGUGUGUGUGUGUGUGUGUGUGUGUGUGUGUGUGUGUGUGUGUGUGUGUGUGUGUGUGUGUGUGUGUGUGUGU